AUGGAAGGGCAAACAGGUCUAAGCUUCCCACAGGAAAUAUGGUGGCUUGUUUCUCAAGAGUUUGCGGAUCGGCGCGACUUUGGCGGCCUUUUCCUCUGUGCCCGCUUGGGGAAGGGCAUCGCUAGGCUGGCGCUACCGGAGCUGUACGCCAUUCACGACCAAUCGCCUGCUAUCAACGCCCACAUCCUCGAUAUUGAGACAUCGAUAUGUCUCUGGCGCUCCAUCAUCACGUCGAGCCUCGGCAAGACCCUCUUCCCCUACUGCUGUUGGAUCAAGGCUCUGAAGCUCGGCAACCUCCACUCGCAGUUGGAGGAUCUCGCCCGUGACAACCCGGGGCUCAAGGCUAGUUUCUUUAGCCCGCCCCUUGAGAAACUCCAGAUUCGCCGCGGCCGAGGGAGGGCGCUCGACCUCGAGGCCAUAAUCAUCGAGGUCGCCAAUCUGGUGACCGAGUGUAUUAGAACCUCGGCCGCUCAGGAAAGCAAGCGGAUAGCUCUCACUACGCUCGAAGGCAACUACUUACCCACCGCCAACCUGCCCAAAUGGGUCUCGAGUCUCUCUAGCUUGACGUCGCUUUCCGUCCGUGACGGUUCCGUACUCAACAGCGACGUGGCUCGCGCCAUCCGAGCAAAUUGUCCGGCUUUCAGAGAGGUAGAAUGUUUCUUUUGCUCGGGAACGGACCUCGACGAAGACUUGGCUGGCUUCUUCCGUAACCUUGAGCCCAACACCCUAGUGUCAUUCACCAUUUUGAGCAUGAACGAGAUCGGGAAGGAGACCUUCAAGGCUUUGAGCGAGCAUUCUAGGUCUUUGAGAACCCUCAGUCUGUUUAGUCUCGAACGGAUUGCCUUCCAGGCGUUGAAUGAAUUGCAACACUGUCUCUCGCUCGAGUCGCUCAGACUGGAGGGAGCACCCGGUGCUCGCCGCUACCUGUGGGAAGCUGAAUGCAAACAAGUUUUUCAGGAAGUGGUACAGUGGCUACAGAAAUGCACUGCCCUCCGAGAGCUAGAGUUUACAGUCGUUCCCACCGCAACCACGAUCCUCGCCGAGGUCCUGAAGUCACCUGUUGUUCGUUUGACGAGCCUCAGCCUUCUGACGUUUGACCUCGAUAAGGAAUUCUGUCUGUCGUUGCUCAAACAGCAAGAACUCCGGCAUCUGGCAGUCAAGAUCAGGGAUGAAGAACUGCUUGAAACCGACGACGAACGGCACACCAUGUUAGCCAAUGCCGUCGCCUGCUGCCACGAGCUGCGCGAGCUAGACACCAAUGAGCUCUUCAGUCUUGAGGAGAUUGAACACAUAUGCACAUCGCUACCUUGGUUGGAGGAAAUCGUCCUGAACGGAGACCUUAUUGACAACGAGUUUCUGACCCCUCUCUCUCGACUUUCGAAGCUGAAGUCGCUCAACAUAUUUGGACCCUCAGUUCUCUCACCCGACACGGUCUUGGAAUUCCUAGAGAAGAUUGCAGCAGAUCCAAAGGGCAAACACGACGGGUUGCAAGUCUGGAUUUCCAACCAAAACUACGACUCCAAGUUCACCGACGAGGAAGAAACCAGGGUGGCUACUGCGUUGUGGGACCUGUUCAGGGGCCGGUUCGACAUCAACUAUAGGUUAGACCCAGACGAGCUUCAUGAAUCUGAUUUUUCAGAUUGA